CAGAGACAUUGUUGAGUGGAUUCUUCUGGAACCAAAUCACACCGAACUCAGGUGUUUCUUACUCCUGCUGAUCUGUGCUCUCCAGUGGAUUUAGUACGUGAAUUUGAGGACAAUUCUCCUGUCUCUGCCUUCCAUCUCACCACAGACGUGCUGAAAUUACAGAUAGACACCACAGCAUCCAGCUGUUUACAUGGAAUCUGGGGACAAACUGAGGUCAUCAGUCUGGUGUGACAAGUGCUUUGAUCCAGUGAACCACAUUAACUGGCCCUGACAAGACAUAUUUUUGUUUCUACAGUCUAUUGUCCCGAGUUAUUGUAAACUUAUAGCAUGGUACUGAAGCAAUGGCUCAGAGGUUCAGCAUGUUUGCUGCUCGUCACGGAGACUUGAGUUUGGUUCUCAGCACCCAUGCAGGACUGAGCUCAGAAGAGUUAGCACAUUUUGCUAAGGUCAAAACGUCUGGGGAAAUACAAGAGUCUUCAGUGUGAAGCUGCUGCUGAGUGAUACUUGUUGCCCUGAGGAGGAUUCAGUGGGUUCGGUGAAGAAGAGGAACUCGAUUACAGAUGGAGGAGAGAACAAACAGGAGACUUCUCGUUGUGUACCCAUGGACCCAGAGAUUCUUUGACAGCUUUGGGAACUUGUCCUCUGCCUCUGCCAUAAUGGGUAACCCAAGAGUCAAAGCCCAUGGCAAGAAGGUGCUGACUGCUUUUGGAGAAACCAUUAAGAACCUAGACAACCUCAAGUCUGCCUUGGCCAAGCUCAGUGAACUGCACUGUGACAAGCUACAUGUUGAUCCUGAGAACUUCAAACUCUUGGGUAAUGUGCUGGUGAUUGUUCUGGCUAGUCACUUCGGCAAUGAAUUCACGGCUGAGGUACAGGCUGCCUGGCAGAAGUUGGUGGCUGGGGUGGCCACUGCUCUGUCCCAUAAGUACCACUGAGCCCUUUCUCUAGCUGUCCAGCAAUCCUGUGUGUCCCCUCUGCCCUCUUUCUUCACAUGAGUACUGGACUGGUCCUUGAAAGGACAGCAUGUUUAAUAAAGAUCAUUCUUCCUGGUAAUCAAAAA